UUGCAAAGGCAAUCAAUCUCUUGGUAGGAUCCACCCCCUCCUCUCAACAAACCCCGCCAGCCACAACACCACCCACCCUCAUACUCAUCUGUUAUUCCAUCAUGCAUCUCCUCCUCCCUGUCUCUCCUCUGUUGUGGAUCAGCACUGGAUCCUUGCUUUCUCCCUGUCUCUCGCCCGCCCCCCUGCCUCUUCUUUCCGCGGAAAAGCAGCGCAGCGACUCAUCGAAUUCAAGCUGGAGGAGGCGACGGGAAGGUGAACUGCAAGGCUGAGGUCGGUCGUGGCGAAGAUGGGAAGUCACUGUCCUCUUCCCCCGUCGGCUUAGGUGCUAAAACAUGGCGGGGAUUGCGCCACAGAAGCCACUUCCAAGUUGCAUCCUCCUGGCUGUAGGUAGAGUGCGGGGUUUGCCGGGCGCCAUGGAGAGGCCGCCGCCACUGCUGCUGCAGCAGCUACCACCAGUAACCUGAUAUCUAACCCCCUCCCUUCAAUAAAACAUUGGCUUGGUGGUACAUCGGCCGGGCACAAAAAAGACCAGGGAGCCACCGAAGAUCUGGACAAGUCCCCGGGCGCCCAAGCGGAAGCAAGGCAUGGUGGAUCCCGUGGCGGAUCCGGGCGAGGAGAAAUGCGCAGACCCCAGGACUGCAGCCGCAGCAGCAGGUGGAGAUGAGGCGGCGGCGGCACCAACGAGUUCCUCGGGGGCGAACGGUGCAGCCCAGACGGCCGCAUCUGCAGCAGCCGCGUCAGCGUCGGAAGCGGCGACUCCUAUUGGAGAUGCGGGGAAAGUCCGCGAAGAGUCGCCGAUGCUGCACUUGGACCUGUACAACUUUGACUGCCCGGAGGCCGAGGACAGCCGCUAUGUGCUCACCAGCCCCCGCUCGCUGGAAGCCUGCGCUCGGUGCGCCGUCAAGCCGGUGGAGUUGCUGCCCAGGUCCCUCAGCGAGCUGGUUAAAGAGGCCCCCGGCAGGUCCAUGCGGGUCGCCGCCGGCCUCUACGAAGUCUACGAGAUGGACCGGCAGAGGAAGCUGCAGCAGUGCCGGGAGGAAAGGGAAAGGAUUAUCCGCGAGGAGAAGAGGAGGCUCUUCACUCCCCUCCUGACUAGUAGCCUCCCUUCCUCCCCAGCCUCCCGGCUCGCCUUCAAAAGCACAAGCGGGAGCGGCGCCCCGGCUGGCCAGCCAAGGGGAGGCUGCCUUCCCUCUCCUCUUCCUCCCCCGACAGGCUCCAAGGGCAAGAGCCACUCCUUGGACUCCUUGCAAAAGAGGAGGGAUGGCUUCUCCACCAAAACCUCCUCCGAUUCAGGGGCCUCCUCCUCCUACAGCGGAGACAGCUUUAAGGACAAAUGGCCCAAGGAGGUGCCCAGGACUAAGACGGUGGCAACAAUGACCUCCUUGGUGGGCCGCAGUUUUAGCUUGGGCGACCUGAGCCAUUCCCCGCAGACUGCCAAGAAAGUGGAGAGGAUAGUCAAGGACGUGAAGAAGAAGAAGGGCCUCAAGGAGGUGUCAGAGAGGGACCGGAAGAUUGCGGCCCUGAUGAUAGCCAAGCACCAGGAGGAGAGCAUCCUGAACGAGCAGAGGUACAGCGCCCACCUCCAGUGGGACAUCCAGAGGAGGCAUGCCGACCAACGGAGGGAGCAGGAGGAGAAGGAGAAGCAGAGGGCCUUGCUACAGUGCCAGCGGAUGUGGGAGUCCAAACUGGAGAGGCGGCGCUGCAAGAUGACCCACCAGCAGGAGGCGGCUGCUCUGAUGAAGCAGAAGCAAAGCUUGAUGGAGGAGGAGAAGUGGCUGGAACACCUGGAGAAGCAGGAGAAAAUGAAGAGGGAGAAGCAGGAGAAGGCUGCCCUGGAAGACAAGAAGAAAAAGCGUCACCAAGAGCACAACCUGAAGGCUCAGGAAGAGGGCAAGAAAGAGGCUGUGGAGCGGGAGGUGCAACUGCUGCAAGAGAAGCUCUCCUUGGCUACCCAGAAGAAGCUUAAGAAGGAGCAGCUGCUGCAAAGGGAGAAGCGGCUGCUCAACCAAGCCGAGAAGCGGAAGCAUGAGGCCAUCCUCAAGGAGCUGGCCAAGCAGGAGGCUGAGGAGAAGGCAAUGCUGAGGGCUUCCCUGGAAGGGAGCCUCAGCAAGGCCCAAGAGAAGUAUGAGCAGCUGGUUGAGAAGAGGAACCAGGAGCUGAGGGAGAGAGCACAGCGGGAGGAAAUGCAGAUCCAGAGGGCCAAGAGGGCAGCAGAGAGGCGGGACAGGGAGCAGAAGGAGUACUUGAAGGCCUUGGCCAGAGCUUCAGAGCGGAAGCUCCAGCAUGCCACACAGGUGGCUGAGGAAGUGGUCCAACAGAAAGCCCAGAAGGUUGUCCAGAGUCGGCUGGAGAAGGAGAAGGUUCAGAAAGUGAACAAAAGGAAGGUGGAAGAGUGUGAAGAUAUCCGUCGCAAGGAGAUCCUACUAUCUAUUGAGAAAAAGCUAGAGCGGAGUGAACAGAUUUGUAAGGAGAGAAAAAAUGUCUUGGAAAAUGCCAGGUCUGUUGCUCGAGCCUCAUUCCAUGUCCGGGAAAAAGUACGGGAAGAGAUGAACACGCGCACCUUUGACAAGAUGGCCUUUGAGGUGGAAUUGCAGGCCAGCCUAGUUAAAAAAUAAAUGGUCUUUUCCAUUUCAGUUAAGUGGGGAUUCAGCGGCCCAUUGUCAACCCCUUUUUAAAAACCUUUAUUUAUUGCUUUAGGGGAGCGCAAAAACUUUGGCAGCUACUUCAUAGACCUUUUUCAAAAAAAGAUUUCAGAUUCUAACAUGUUUUAACUAUCCCUACGAAGAGAAAGAUGUAUCCUCUCCUCUCCUUCAUUGAACAAAAAGUUGUUUACAAGGCGCAAAACAGGGACAAAUAAUUUUAUACAGCCGAGUGCUGUAGUAAAAGCUCCCCAGAAAAUCAAAGGCCAUUUCAAUUCCUCCUGCACAAAUGAUCCAACAGCAGCUACUUUCAGUUUUACACACCUAACUCUUAAUAUGGAUGCCAUUCACUUUGAAUCAGGCUGCAGCAUUGUAUGCUGGAACUUGUGCUCUCUUAAAUAUGAAGAGUUUGUUUUAUAGUGUUUUGGCCCAUAUGGUGCACUUUAUCCAUGCUGUUAGAAUGGAAACAAUGGAGCUUGUAACGUACAUUUUAAAACAAAAAUGCAGGUAACAUUCUGAUUAGACCUGAUCCAUGUCACAGAAGCAAUGUGCGGAAACUCCAGCUCAAAUAAAAUUAUAAAAGCUGAGAAGGUGUUUACAGUCGCGUUCAUUAACUUUUUUGUGGACAGUUACAUCUGAGAGUUAGUAUUGGGUGGUAUCCAAUCACAGUAUUCAUCACAGAUGGAAGGGAUCCAUCAGCAGAACAAGAAAGGGAGGCACUUUUAAGCAAUUUCCCUUCUUCCCUGCAGCAGAUCCUUCAGAGUAGAUUUAAAGGUGGUGUGGGGGGGGCUAUAGGGGGAAUCACUAAAGACUGCCUCCCCCAUUCUGCUGUUGAAUUCCUUCCAACAGUGGGUGGACACCAAUGGAUAUCAUCCACCAUUGGCAAAAAACAUAUCAGAAAGAGCAGGCCUUAUACUGUUGCAAAUAUUGAUCUGUAGGAAUAAUUGCACCAAAAGUGAUUGAAACCAUAUUGAAAACUCUAUUAUUGUGUUUCAUCCAAGUGCAUUCCAGUUGUGUCAUACCUAGUGUAUUAGAUAUAACCAGUUCAGACGAAUGUACCCAAUAUAAGAAGAAAGCAUUAUUGCUAAUCAGAGAGGAGAAAGUAUGCCAUGCGCUCCACUUAUCCAAAACAUUAAUAGCAGCUAAGCACACACACAUUUGAAGCUAGCUGCAGGGGAAAGUUUAUGACAGAACGAUAACAUAAUUUCUUUACAGUAUGAAACAAGGCCUAUUCAAAUGUAUUUCAUUUAUUUGUCAAUUGGUGCUAAUAAUGGUGUGCAAAGACAUAUUUUGCAAUCAAACAGGUUUUGUAAUAGCUCAGCAUGGGAUCAUGACAUUUUUACAACUUGAACUAGAUACUGAGUAUAGUAGAAUGAGUCUCUUAAGGAAGCAUGAUUGUCCUCUCAAGAAUCGUUCUAUGAAGAAAUAAGUUGUGAUAUUUCCUUUUUUGCUUGGUUGUUAAUAUCAAAAUCAUUGACUUAGCCUUUUGAUCUUUUGAUCUAUGCCUUCUAAAUCCAAGGUGCAUCUGAUGUUUGCUCACAAGCAGAAGAUAUGCUUCACUGUCAGUAGUAUGGGAAGGGGCUAUUAUAGAAAUUAUAAUGUCCCAAACAGAAUAGAAUUGCUAAAUGUAGGAGAAGCAUCAGGAUGCUUUACAAUUCUGUUUUUAUGCAAACAGGUAUAAGAAGAUAAAGUAUUCAAAAUCACGAGAUAAUAUAUGCUGGAUGGGUUAUUUAUUUAUUUAUUACAAAUAUGUCUCCAGCACCUUUCAAGGCAUAAUAGCUCUCACAAUAUGGUGUACAAAAUUCCAGAAUAAAACAUAAUGUAUAAAGUAAAAAAUGAACAGUACAAAUUAAU